AUGUUCCUGGGCGGCCUGCCCAUGAGUGCCUCGCUAGCUGACCUGGGCUUCGAAGCGCUGAGCCUCUUUCAGCGCGUCCAGACUGUAAAUAGCGACAAGACAUCCCAAGACUGGCCCGCAGCCUCAUUCACCGCCGAAGCCGAGCGAUUCGAGCUCUGGGCUGUGAAUCUGGGGCUCUUCGUCGUAGGCCAUGGCUCUCUGGACUAUCGCGUUCGGGAGGCGGAUAGGCUGGCGCAAACGAUCCGGAGAUUCUUGCAGGAGCUGAUGGAUUCUCUGGCCGAAGUGAUCCAGAUGCGCAUCGGUGGCGGCGAUGAGCAGUCGCCCGAUGAUGAUAAUAAUGAUGAUAAUGAUGAUAACGAUGAUGGAAGUGGUGAUGAUGAUGAUGACCCAGAGGCAGAAGAGUCAGACUCGGAGCCUUCCAGCGACGAUGAUACGGAGGAAUCGGACUUGGACCUCCUUCUAGAUGGUGUCCGAGACCCAAUCGACCGACUCUACAAAGUGUCAACCAAGAUCCGAAAUCCGUCGUCCAGGCUCGGCUCAUCCAGAGCGACGAACCACCAGCAGAUCGACGAAGAAACCGGUGUCGACUUCCUGCGCGCUAUUGAACAAGCCGACUACGAACACAUCAGGUCGCUGUUCCUCCAGUACCAAAAGGCCAGGGCGCUCCAGGAGCGUGACACGGUGGAACCCACCAAGGAUACGCAUGGAGCCGCCGACUUCUUUCUCAUUCGCCGCGUCGCCCGCGCAAACGUGCGCCGAAGGCAGCAGUUUGCGUAUCGAAAGAUGCAUCGGGAGAAACUGGCUCGUCAAGCGAGGGCCUCUAUAUCUACACAAAGCGUUUUCACUCCAGGGACCGAGAUCCCCUCCCAGCCCUCGUUCGACAGGCAUGUGUCCAACAGUUCGUUCAUACCGCAGGCUGAAUUGGCUCCUCCUGCGGCGUCCGUCACUACCGCUACGAAUCUGAACCUGGCCCGACUCGAACUCGUGGAUAAUCAGUCGAUGUUUACGGUAUCCGAGUAUGCUCCUUCAACGUGGCAGCCGGCCCGAGAUGCAGUGGCUUUCCCUCCCGCACCAACAACGCAGUCGGGUGAAAAGUUCUUCGAGUGCCCGUACUGCUUCACUUUUUGCUCUAGAGGAGCUCUUGCCGCUAAGGCGUGGAAGGCCCAUCUUAUCCACGAUCUCAGCCCUUAUAUCUGCACAUACGAGGACUGCAGGAACCCAGACCAAUUGUACGACGACCGCCACGACUGGGCCCAUCACGAGAAUUCGUGCCAUCGGAAGGUAUGGCGUUGUCCGGAGCACUCGGGUCAAGUGUUCACUCUGCUGGGGACGUACCGAGAACAUCUUCGCAACGAACACACCGACUAUGGUGACGAUGCAUCGGCGAAUCGAAUUAUCCGUGCCAGUGAAUCCAUCAUGACGGCUACAGACAGGCCUUGCCCGGUAUGCUCGAUAGUCUUCGACACUCCGAGAGCACUGCAAAACCACAUCGCGUUGCAUCUGGAGAGAUUUUCCCUCUUUUCGUUGCCGCGAUCUGUUGCCUGCGGUGGCGACGACGAUGACGACGUUGCUGAUGCUGACUCGGACAAGGCCAAUGGUACGAUUGAGGACUCUCGGGACGAGGAUUUUGAAGGGGAUUUGGACAUUAAGAGUGAGAACACCGGCGGUGAAGUCGAAGAAGGCGGGGAAGCGAGCGAGGCGCCCGAGAGCAAAAUUGAAGUGGCGGAGGAACCCCCGACGCACCCGAUAAGAAAGCAUCUGAGGAAUAAAGUCAACGUGGCCGUGGAAGCGAAGAGUGCUGAAUCCGAGGAUAAUUUGGUGGUGACUGGGACGACAGUCAACGUAUUCGAGGAUCACAAUACUCCGGUCUACAUGGUGGCGUUCUCUCUAGACGACAAACUCCUAGCCUCCGUGUCUGAUGAUAAGGUGGUCAGGCUCUGGGAUCUGGAAAGUGAAGCAGCGCCCACACCCCUUAAGGGGCAUAAAAGCGGAUUCAGGUCUCUAGCAUGGUCUCACGAUGGCCGGACAAUAGCGUCGGGAUCAUACGACAAGACGACCAAGCUUUGGGACGUCAGUACGAACACAUGCCUCCAUACGCUUCCGGGGCACGGAGGAGCCGUCAGCGGUCUUUCUUUCUCGUCGGACGACAAAUUGUUGGCCUCUGCAUCUCACGACAAGACAUGCAAGCUCUGGGACGUGAGCACAGGAACGGCGCGUUUUACUCUCGAGGGACAUACAGCUGGUGUCUUCUCUAUAGGCAUCAGCCCAAACGACAAGUAUAUUGUGUCGGGCUCCAACGACAGGACGGUUAAGAUCUGGGACCUGGCUACGGGGGCACUACUUCGCACGCUCAAGGGCCAUGGUCGAGUGAUCUACGCCCUCGCAUUCACGCCAGACAGCCAGAUACUUGCGACCGCGGGUAACGACUGGAUUAUCAAGCUUUGGGAUUUGGGCUCAGGAAUGUUGCUUCGCUCCAUCAAAUCUCAUGAGAAAGGCAUUACCGCAUUAGCAUUCUCGCCUGACGGCUCACUUAUGGCGUCUGGGUCUUAUGACCACAUGAUUAAAAUUUGGGAGACGACGACUUGGACAAACGUCGGUGUCCUUAGAGGCCAUUCAGCGGAUGUCUACGGCGUAGCAUUCUCACGGGACGGUCAGCGGAUCGCGUCGGGAUCUCGCGAUAGAGUGGUAAGGCUCUGGGAUCUGAGCCUUGAAAGACGAGCGCUGCCUGUAGAUUGA